AACAAAUUGAAAUUAAUAGCAGCCAUCUAACGAUGCAGCGUUCUACAUCGAAGCAUAUCGUACACUGGAACAUCUACCAUCAAAUGUCAUCGAUUGCAGCUGUUUAUAACACAGAGAUAAUUACCACAAGACAGCGCGUUGUGCCAUUUUAGUAAUAUAUCAUCCAUUCGAUCAUACAGCAUACUGGCAUAUUAUGGAAUAACCAGCCAUUUUGGGGCUGUAUCGGCAAAUAUGUGAAAUACGACGAAUAGACCGUAAGGCAAAAAGGAUGGCCACGGUAAUGCCUUCGAGCUCCGGUUCUGCUUUAAAGAUCCGAGAUAUAGUCGAUGGAAUCGGAUAUAUUUACAAAUGGUCGUCAGAUUGGGGAGUGAAUUUCCCAGAAGCAAAUGGAGAUAACCAGUCACCUAUUAACUUGAACUCUCGCGAGGCAGAGUAUGACGAGACUUUAAACGAGAAUAGUCUGUCGUUUAACUAUGUACUAUGUCGAGAGACAGACAUCAUCAAUAAUGGCCACACUUCAGUGAUGUACCUACGCUACAAAGCAGAUGGUGCCUUCAGAUCUGACUUGACAGCUACUCCAAAGUCUACUGUCUGUGGUGGCCCGCUAAAACAAGGUUGUGAGUAUGAGCUUGCUGAAUUCCGUUUCCACUGGGGUAAAGAGGAUUCGAGAGGUUCCGAGCAUACUGUAAAUUUUAAGGCGUUUCCAAUGGAGUUACACCUGAUCCAUUUCAACACAACAUUGUAUUCUAGUCUUGAACAGGCCAUGGGGAAACCGGAUGGUAUUGCAAUUAUAGCUCUCUUUAUACAGGUGGGAAAGGAACAUUCCGGGUUAAGACUUUUGACUGAACAUUUGGAGGAUAUUCAAUAUAAAGGACGACAGAAAACAGUUUCAGCAGCAUUUAACCCAACAUGUCUGUUACCAGAUCCCAUGCUACGUGACUUCUGGUGUUAUUCCGGGUCACUGACGUCACCACCAUGUUGUGAAUCUGUCACGUGGAUAUUAUUCAGAUAUCCCCUGACAAUUUCUCACACUCAGAUGGAGGAAUUCCGUCGACUUAGAACCUACAACAAAGGAGAGACACUUGCAACGGGAGAAGAUGGCGCUCUAGUCGACAACUUCCGGCCUACGCAGCCAAUCAACGACCGAAUAAUCAGAGCCUCGUUUCAAUGAGGCCCACAAUGCUCAUCUGCGUCAAAUGCCUAUAAGUUCAAAAGGCCGAAAUGAAAAAUACCACAAAUGUAGCUAGCUGGAAAAUUAAUAUCGUUUGUAUCAUUUAAAUGUGAACAUUUCUUUUGCUCAAACUAUCGUAUAGGAAAUAAAAUUUAACAGGCAUUUAUGUACAAAUGUUAACGUCGUUCAUGCCUUACGUGCAUCUCGUAUGGGAGUCUGGAUCUCAUUCAUUACGAUACUUUUAUACUGACAGUCCAAUACUGUAUUUGUAAAACAACAUGUAACAGUAUUUUCCAUUUGUAUGGUGAACUUUAUAGAUGCCUUUAAUGUGCUUUCUGAUGUUGCUUAAUAAGAGGAACCCUGAAUCCCUGAUCAACCAGACUUGGUUCUACUUUCCAAACGAUGUUUAGGUCAUACCUCUGCAAUAUAGUUAUGGUGUAUAUCAGGGUCGGGAACAAUUUUCAAAUGAUCCGAAUAAAAGCUCAAUCACUGUAUUGUCAAUAGAUUAGAUACAAGUAAAAAUAUAGCCUUGUUUCAAAUAUUAAAUUAAAAAGUAGGGCAUAUUCAAAAUUUAGUCAGAGUGAUAUCAUAUUUGCCAUCUAAAUGUAAAGAUACAAUUAAAAAUGUGCUUAACAUAAUUAUUUAUCAACUUUGAAAAAACUUUCUUUGAAAAUGUGACUUAGGUCGGGGAAAUUCCCCAUAGA